UUAUCAUCUGCUGUUUUCACCUCCAAAAAAACAAACAAACAAAAACAACCCCAAAAACACAGUAAGUGGAGGUGGAAGAGUUAAAGAUGUUAAUAUUUUCUUGUUGGGAGUGACCAGAAUGGACAAGAUGAGUAAUGAGCUCAGGUAGAGCAGUUUGGAGGCAAAGUUAGAGAGUCAAGGCUGAGAGGGUUUGGACAUGUGCAGAGGAGGGAUAGUGGAUAUACUGAACAAAGGAUGUUGAAUAUGGAGCUGGCAGACUAGAGGAAAAGAAAGAAAACCACGAAGAAGAUUUAUGGUUGUAGUGAAAGAGGAUAUGUAGAGGGCAUCCGCGACAGAGGAGGUGGAUUUUCCUGUGGCACAGCAGGAAUGCAUGGUGGAGCCUAUGGGGAGCUCGGGGGCAGCCUCCCCGCCAUCGCCUCCCUGAACGCUUCCUACUCUACAUCGAUGUCCAUCCCAUCCCCGUACCUGUUGACACCACCUGCAGAGCGCAAAAAGAUCUCUGACGUGCGCCGCACCUUCUGUCUCUUUGUGACCUUCGACCUUCUCUUCAUUUUCCUUCUCUGGAUUAUUGAGCUUAACAUCUUAAACUCACUUUGGGAGAGUUUAGAGAACGAGGUCGUCCAUUAUAACUUCAAGUCAUCCUUCUUUGACAUUGCUCUCCUUGCCUUGUUUCGUUUCCUGUGUCUACAAGUGGCCUAUGCUGGUUUUCGGUUGAGGCAUUGGUGGGUUAUUGCGAUUACCACUCUGGUAACAACCAUCUUCCUCGUUGUCAAAGUUAUCAUAUCGAAUAAGCAAAAUGCUUUUGGCUAUGUUCUGCCCAUCACCUCGUUUGUGGUCGCCUGGUUGGAGACCUGGUUCCUUGACUUCAAAGUUCUCCCUCAGGAGGCUGAUGAUGAAAGGGCCUACCUAGCAGCAGUGAAUGCAGCCUGUGAACGAGCCCCUAUUUACUCUCACGCUGUCUCAGAUGGACAGUUCUACUCUCCACCUGAAUCUGUCGCAGACUCUGACGAGGAGCCUGAUGAGGAGGGUCCUGGGCGUAGAGCUGUCACUGCUCAGGAGAAGGAGUAUGUGAGACAGGGUUAUGAGGCAAUGUCUGUGGUGGAACAGAUCCUAGCCCAGGAGGAAAACUGGAAAUUUGAAAAACACAAUGAUAUGGGCGACUCAGUUUACACUCUGGAAGUUCCUUUCCAUGGAAAGACUUUCAUUCUCAAGGCCCUCAUGCAGUGUCCCGCUGAGCUUGUGUAUCAGGAAGUGAUCCUGCAGCCGGAGAAGAUGGUUCAGUGGAACAAAACAGUUUCUGUCUGCCAGAUCCUUCAGAGAGUUGACGACAACACUCUUGUCUCAUAUGACGUAUCUGCUGGAGCAGCAGGGGGAGUUGUGUCUGCGAGGGACUUUGUUAAUGUUCGCCGAGUGGAGCGCAAACGAGACUGUUACCUGUCUGCUGGCAUAGCAACCAACCACGAUGCCAAACCUCCAAGCAAUCGCUAUGUCAGAGGAGAAAAUGGGCCCGGAGGUUUUGUGGUCCUCAAAUCCAGCAGUAACCCAUCCAUCUGCACUUUCAUCUGGGUCCUCAACACAGACUUAAAGGGCCGUCUGCCACGCUACCUCAUCCACCAGAGUCUGGCAGCCACAAUGUUUGAGUUCAUGUCCCAUUUACGCCAACGAAUUACCGACGUGCGGCCCUCUCAUCGUUCCCACCACCACCAUCACCACCACCACUCUCAAAACUAGAGAGAAGUUGUAAGUGGCCACUUGAAAGGUCACUAGCCAAAACUGGCCAUCACGGCGUCCGCUGAAUGCUCCUAAGCUGAAGGGAUGCACCUAUGUACCUGACAAGGUUGCAACUUUAUGCAAAGGAGAUGUGAGACAUUUCCCAUGUUUCAGCCACACAAAGUGAGGAGUUAUUCAGAUAUCAAAGACUAAACAUUUUGUAUCAUUUUGAGGAAGUUUAAGCAUAAUCACAAGGGGAAACUUUUGCGUGGACCUGUAACCGUUUUGCUAUGUUUCUCGCCAUGUAAUGAAAACUGUUUUCUGAGACUUUACAGAAACAAGACUUGGAUAAAAAAGUGAUUACCAAUGUUGGAAUCUGUGUUACAGAAUAGCUAUUGCAGUAGUAUGACUGAAACAGCUGUCUAUCUGAGCCUUAUCUUUCUGCACACAUUGUUAGUCAUUGAUUUACUGCUUUUCUUGUGUGUGUGUGUCUAUUUUUUCACUGCACCAUAAUGAAUUUGUUUUUCUGGUGCACCUGCCUACACUUCACAGCCAUAUUUCCACACAAUUUUUUCUACUUUACUACACUGUGAUACAUUACAGGGGGCUCUCUGCUAUGUGGUCACCACUAGAGGGAGACACCACUGAUCCACACAGUGAAGCGUUCUUGGUUUGACACCAGCUUCUGUGCCAUAGUGCAACAUUAAAGCUAACAUUUAAUUACUGUAUGUUUUUUAAUGCUGCUUUUGUUUUGCACUUUGGGAUCAGCCAGGAGUUCAAACCAGGACUCUGAUCAUACUAAUGUUUUUUUUCUAAUAACCUCAAGUGGCCUUGUGUUAAAGUAGCUCAACUUAUUUGUCAUGAAAGGUUAUUACUGUACUGCUAUAAUUAGAUUAGGCCCCCUGUGGCCUGAGGUGUGGCACUGAAUGAGUUUGUUAAUGUUUUUAAUCAUGGGG